AUGGCUGACGCCGUCCGAUUGAGCACUGAGAAUUCUCAGGGGAUCUACGAGCGGAGCUUCAGAGCAUGGUCUGCACUUUACCAUGCCGCAAUCGACCAACCAGGCCUUCCAGUCUCUUACCUCGACAUCCAAAGCGCGUUCCGUCAGCAUCCCUCGUUCCCACGCGACCUGCGUCUAGAGCAUGUCAAGUACGCCAAACACAGCCAUGUGCAGAUCGGCGUCGUCUCAAGAAACCCCAUACCGCUAUCCGUCGCGGCAGCACCAGAGCGCGAGAUGCGCUGGGCAUCGUGGUUCGCACGAGGUGACCAGAAUUAUCUUGCUGUGCUUAUCUUGGCCUGGGCAUACGUUCUCUCUGCGCGGUGGGCCGAAAUUAUGCCCGAGAGUGUUUCAGUCGUUUAUACGAGCAGCAAGGCAGAUGACCAUAACCCGGACGCGCCAACGACCCCUCUGCCGGACCACCUCAGCCUGGAAGUGGACAUCAGCGAUGCUGGUCCAGACGAAGCUCGAUGGUGGGCAGCUGUACUCGCUCCGGGCCAGGGCUGGCAGGCGACUAUGUUGCUCGGCCAAGACACCUUCUUUGCUCCUUGGUCCGUACGGCUCCAACCAGGCUACCGCUUUAUGCUAUCAACGAAGUCGGCCUUUCGAGGCGAUUUGGCAGUGGCUCCAUCCUUCUCAGAAGCCCUCCGGUUCCUUGGAAAUUUCUGCGUUCGCCGAAAUAUCGCAGAUCAGAGUCAGGCCGCCCUUGCCGCUGUUCUGCUCUUCCCAUCCAUGGGCACCGGUCAAGGGCUGCAGCUGCCAGCAUUCGCAACUAGCCGCCUAGAUGGCCCGACCGGAGUUAGCUCUUCCGUUCCGCAGCAACAGUGUCAAGAUCUCAAUUGCGAGCUCCGGCAUAGCUGCGUUCACCAGGGCGAUCGCCUAGAUAGGCUCAUUACUCUCAGCUGCCACAUCAGAGGAAUUCGACCUAUGCUGCUAAGCAGCUUUUACGAUCCUCGCGUUGAAUGCAACGCCGUUGCUCCGUGGCUCCAGGGGGCACUAGCAGCCAUUGACGUCGUGGCUCAAGACAAUCCUCUUGUUCUCGGACGCAUGCUGAUGGACCGACAACCGAAGGUGGCGCCUCUGUGGCUCGGCAUCACAGUCCUCGGGCUUCAGAAACGACUCUUGCAGGACGUUGGUUCCGGGCUGAUCCCCAUCGACCUCCACUCUGCCGUAUGGUCAGGGACGAUACAGUCCUUCAUCCAGGAACCCGUUUCGGACCCCCUCGUGGCAGACGGCCAGGUAGCCCGGGCGGACCAGUGCCGGUUACUCUUUCUCUCUCGGUCAGGAUCGCAUGACCGAGUACCUGUCUGCCAAUGGAGACCGUUUGGCGGGACACCGCUUGAACAUACCGAUGUUGAAGUACGGGUCCAUGCCAAGUGCAAAGGCCAUGGGCUCCGAUAUCAGGGGUUUAUGUGGGACUCUGUUGACGGGAAGACAACAUACCAGCCACUCGACGCUGAAGAUGCCUACGCAUACCCAAGCCCUCCGCUUAUACAACAGACCCCAAGUUUCAGCCAAGUCCCCGUUAACUACGGAACUUUCGACAGCGAGGAAGAUUUUGUAUCAGAGAACGCGACACGGAGCAUCUUCGGUUGGUUGCGUGUCGACGGGUAUGCACUGGGUGAAAAGGGUAUAUGGACACAUGCAUGGUUGGAGAUGUCUGAGUCUGACGAAGAGGUCGAGGAGCAGAGUAAAGACAGCUCUGGAAACACGCCUAAGUCUUCCUCAUAUGUGGAAACUUGGGUGUCUGAGCUGUCUCACAAGUCCUAG